CAGUUCACCCAAAGUCUCCUUUUUGUACAGUCAAAAUUUCAUGACAAUGUUAAAGUUGCACCCAAAGAGACACAUUUAAACAAGUAUCCUUAUUUUGAUGAGUCAAAGGAUGUGAUUUUCGCCUUAUGUUCAAACCGAGAGACAAAAAUCGGCAACAGGCAGUGUAUUGUUGGGAUUUAUCAUUACGCACUAUAUUGGCUAUCGGUUGUCUUAUCUGUAGAAGGAGUUCUAAACUGCGACAAUCAACAUGAAUACAAUUUUGCUUUUAGUUUCAUUUUUCUUUUUAUGCGCGGUCGGAUUGUGCAAGGAUCAUCCGCUGAAACCAAUCAUCAGGAAAGUCCGAGCGGAGGUGACUCUAAAUGAGGAGGAGAAAACUACACUAGCCAGGGCAAACGAACACGAACUUCCGCCAUCAUUACAAAGACUUGUGCGCGCUACUCUAACAGGAGACCACUUGUGCUGUAGAAAUACCCCCUUACCACUGGUUACUAAAACUAGGUCCGUUGCCAGGCACCAUCUUGUUCAUGACAAAACAGUGGUGACCUACGUAACAGAAUACUAUAAAACUGUGGUUGAAGGCCGAUGUCCUCAGGAACAUAUAGUCUGUUGCAAUAUGUACAUUAUGGUGGCAUACAAAUGUGUUUAUUUGAAAGAUCUUCAUGAAGUUGCGAUUUCCUUACUAGGAUAAGAAUAGCAGAGGUAUAUUUUUGUAUCGCGGGAAUGGAGACAAAUAAACUUUGGUGGUAAUCCCA